CGGCGGCUUGCGGAGGCAGGAGGGCCGGCGGCGCGCGGGCUCCAUCGGUCUCCCCGCGCGGGGCCCCCCUCGCCCGGUCUUCCCGCCCGCCGGCCUCAUGGAGCCCGCCGCGUCGCUGGCCGUGUGCGCGCUGCUCUUCGUGCUGUGGGUGCGCGUGAAGGGGCUGGAGUUCGUGCUCAUCCACCAGCGCUGGGUGUUCGUGUGCCUGUUCCUGCUGCCGCUCUCGCUCAUCUUCGACGUCUACUACUACGUGCGCGCCUGGGUGGUCUUCAAGCUGAGCAGCGCGCCGCGCCUGCACGAGCAGCGCGUGCGGGACAUCCAGAAGCAGGUUCGAGAAUGGAAGGAGCAGGGCAGCAAGACGUUUAUGUGCACCGGGCGCCCUGGGUGGCUCACCGUGUCGCUGCGAGUUGGGAAGUACAAGAAGACACACAAAAACAUCAUGAUCAACCUGAUGGACAUUCUAGAGGUGGACACCAAGAGGCAGAUCGUCCGUGUGGAGCCCUUGGUGUCCAUGGGUCAGGUGACUGCCCUGCUAAACUCCAUUGGCUGGACUCUGCCUGUAUUGCCAGAGCUUGAUGACCUCACCGUGGGGGGCCUGAUCAUGGGGACGGGCAUCGAGUCAUCGUCACACAAGUACGGCCUGUUCCAGCAUAUCUGCACGGCGUACGAGCUGGUCUUAGCCGACGGUAGCUUUGCCCGGUGCACACCGUCUGAAAACUCCGACCUGUUCUACGCCGUGCCCUGGUCCUGCGGGACGCUGGGCUUUCUGGUGGCCGCCGAGAUCCGGAUCAUCCCUGCCAAGAAGUACGUGAGGCUGCGGUUCGAGCCGGUGCGGGGUCUGCAGGCCAUCUGCGACACGUUCACCCGCGAGUCCCAGCGGCCGGAGAACCACUUCGUGGAAGGCCUGCUCUACUCCCUGGAUGAGGCCGUCAUCAUGACCGGGGUCAUGACGGACGACGUGGAGCCCAGCAAGCUGAACAGCAUCGGCAAUUACUACAAACCGUGGUUCUUCAAGCACGUGGAGAACUAUCUGAAGGUCAACCAGGAGGGCCUCGAGUACAUUCCCCUGAGACACUAUUAUCACCGGCACACCCGCAGCAUCUUCUGGGAGCUACAGGACAUCAUCCCCUUUGGUAACAACCCUGUCUUCCGCUACCUCUUUGGCUGGAUGGUGCCCCCCAAGAUCUCCCUGCUGAAGCUGACCCAGGGUGAGACCCUGCGCAAGCUCUAUGAGCAGCACCAUGUGGUGCAGGACAUGCUGGUUCCUAUGAAGUGCCUGCCGCAGGCCCUGCACACCUUCCACGACGACAUUCACGUCUAUCCCAUCUGGCUGUGCCCAUUCAUCCUGCCCAGCCAGCCAGGCCUGGUUCACCCCAAGGGCGAUGAGGCCGAACUGUACGUGGACAUCGGGGCGUACGGAGAGCCACGCGUGAAGCACUUCGAGGCCAGGUCCUGCAUGAGGCAGCUGGAGAAGUUUGUGCGAAGCGUACACGGGUUCCAGAUGCUCUACGCCGACUGCUACAUGAACCGCCAGGAGUUCUGGGAGAUGUUCGACGGCUCCUUGUACCACAGGCUGCGCAAACAGCUCGGCUGCCAGGACGCCUUCCCAGAGGUGUAUGACAAGAUCUGCAAGGCUGCGCGGCACUGAGCGGGCAGCCCGUGGAGCGCGAUGUAUCGGGGGGCAUGGGGGGGGGCUGGUGGCGAUGGCUCUUGGUCAGCCUCCUCUCCGCCCUUGGCUGCUUUCACGAUUUCAGAGAGAAACCCCUGCAGGAACCCCUACACACACACACACACCCUACACACACACACACACACACACACACACAAACACACACAUACACACACCCUACCCCAGACAGCCCACCAAGCCUCCAGGGCAGCCCAGGCACGUGGGAGCACGUGAAGCCUAAGUCCAGGUCCCACUUUUAGCCACGCGUCAGCUCUGUGCCCCAGUCUGUUCAUCCGUUGAAGGGGGCCCCAGAUCUAUCCACCUGCGACGCGUCCUUUCUAAGCCCCGUGCCCACCCCGAGGACGGGGGGGGGGGCUACGUGAGGUGGUCACUGCCCCCGUCACUUCCCGUCCGGUGUCACGAAGUUGUCCGCAAAGGCAACCCACUCCGUAGGUCACCUGUGCAUGCGGCUUUGGCGGCCACGAUGAAGGGGUGGCGGUGGGGGCGGUGCGUCCUGAAGUCGCACACCGGUGUUGCUGGCGUGGGCCGCGGGACACCCUCGUGGGACCGAGAGGGUUCCUCUCCCAGCUCUGGGCCUGGGGAGGGCCGCGUGUGGAAAGCGGGCAGGCCCAGGAUGUGCUGUGCCAAAGCAGGUCCACUCCAAAGUUUCUCUUCCCGUCAUCCUUGGGGGCUGCCCUGCCUUUUUUUUUUUUUUUUUUUUCCUCCUGUCCUGCACACUCAGGUCCAUAGGUCAUCCCAACCAUCGCAAAGUCCACUCGGGAAUGUCCCCUGUCCGAGACAUCCCGAGAUGGACGCCGCCUUCUUCUCAUCCCCAGAACCCACUUAGUCACGGUGGAGGAAGCACGCGCUUGGCUCUGCCACACGAGGGUCGUGGGAGUCAGGAGGGGCACCCUUGCCCUGUGCUUUUGUGAGAAACCUCCCUGGGGCUCAAAGGAAAGGGCAUCACCCCAUCUCCCCAGUGACCCCCUUGCUUUCAUUCUCCCUCCCCAGCUCUAGUUACUUUCAGUGCCUUACAAAUCCUAAGCUCAGAGAAAGUUAGCUCCAACUCUAUUCGGGGGGGGAGGGACCCCUCAAGAUCCCCCCCCGUCCUGUCGGUGGCGGAGUGACCCCACCACCAGACCUGCCUGGCCCAGCAGAAAGCCCCCCUUCCCCCCCGAGCGAGGGAGGAUCGAGUCCCGGAAGGGAAGCCCGGAAUUCAUUCGAAGACUGCGCUGGGCACAGUUUGGUCCUAACCGAGCUGCGGUCUCCUCACCUGUCACACGGGUGUCUUAAGACACCAGAGUUGUCAAAGCCCAUGGAAAGCCUUGUUUUGUGUUGGAAGUCCGAAGGAAAAGUGUUAUGUUCCAGGUGACGGUUCGCGAUUGCCCAUCGUUUAAAACCCUUCGUUUUCCAAGCCAGCUUCCGUCCUCAUUGGUCAGAAAAUCUUUCAGAGUCGUGUUUUGACCGAAGGAUCCUCCAGCGCCACGCAGGACUUGAUGCCCCGGGAGGGCUGAUGUAUUUGUGGCGCUCGGGAGAGGUUCGACGACCGACCACCUCGUCCGUUUGGCCUGCCGAGGAAGCGAGAGUUCAAAUCUAACCCGCACUUCGCAACCCUCAGCGCUGCCGUGAGCUCUCCCACCGACCGCCCCAGCGUGUCCUCGCCCAGUGCCAGACCGAUGACUCUGCCUGCUGCAGAUGAAUGGUUAAAACCGGGCGAGAUCAGUCCCUUGGCUGCACCGGCCACUCCACGGUGAAGCCACUAACCCCAAACCCACUGGGGCUAUGACCGGAGAUGCCAGCAGCCUGAGCCUCCCUUAUCCCAUAACCAAAAUCUAGACCUUCGCAGACCCUACUGAGGACCAGGGAAGGGAGUUUGAAAUCACAUCAGCCUCAAGGUUUAAUACCUUGCCCAGCAAGAGGCCUGUCUUCCAAGCAUGCCCGGCUGCAUUCCAGCUCUUUUUUUUUUGUUUUUUUCCCAUAGCAAGUCCUGUGUCGUCCAUCCAAGCAGUGGCUUCCUCUGGAAGGUCGUGGCAAGCCCCCUCACUCUGUGGCUCUCUGUUAAAAAAAAAAAAAAUCAGUUGCAGCCACUCUGGCUGGAAGGCUAAAUUAUUUGCUGUUACUGAAUGGGAGGAGAGCGGUGAGGAUGGGUGUUGGAGUGUGUGGUUAUUAAUUCCUCCUCCCCUUUGGUCACAGGGAUCAGAGAAAAGGUUAUGUGUGUGGCCCCCACCACCAUCAGGCUCUUGUAGCCUUGAGCACUGUGCCUGCUCUCUGGAACAUGUCCCUGUGGCUAAGGGGCCGCUGCUUCUGUACAAAUAAAAGUAUGGCCUGGAA